AUGGAUACUGAAACACCAAAACCAAAGAAGACAAAACGCUUUGCGGGGUUUUCUCGUGAGUCAAAAGAAAAACUGAAGGAAGGGUCGAUGUCUCCUAUAUCACAACCAGUUUCACCUCGCUCAGUAAAAAGUUCAUGCUCUGAAGAACUCCCUGAACUUCGAGACCCAACCAUUUCAACAAAGACCUUUCGUGGCGUUCCAAAUUUAGUCCACAAUUCCCUCAAAUUUUUGAAAGAGUUUUUCUCUGACACUGGACGGCUCAAAUACGGCUUUUACAAAGACACACCAACUUUUAACGAUUUUCUUAAUUUUGUCGACUACGAUACAAGGGAGUUACUUAAAGACUUAACUUCCUCGGAUGCAUUGGCUUAUAA